GCGCAUCAAUAAAACAAACAGCCAUCUGCCGGUAGAAUCUUCCCUCCUCCUCCACCGGUAACGGAGGAGAGACCGAUAAAACUAACGCCCACGCGACUUCGCAGACAGCUCAGCAAUGGACGAGAGCGGCCCUGUGGUGGUGGAGAAGGUCCAGGAGGAGCUCCUGACCGUGGUGCCUGACAGUAGGCCCCAGACAAGUCUGUCUUUCCUGGCACCUGAGCCUGAUGAUCUGGAAGAUCUCUACUCCAAGUUCAAGAAGCUUCAGCGGGAGCUGGAAUUCCUUGAGGUGCAGGAGGAGUAUAUCAAGGAUGAGCAGAAGAACCUCAAGAAGGAGUACCUGCAUGCGCAGGAGGAGGUCAAAAGAAUCCAGAGCAUCCCGCUCGUCAUUGGGCAGUUCUUGGAAGCCGUUGAUCAGAACACUGGCAUCGUUGGAUCCACCACUGGAUCUAACUACUACGUGCGGAUUUUGAGCACCAUCGACCGCGAGCUGCUGAAGCCCAGUGCCUCGGUGGCACUGCACAAGCACAGCAAUGCACUGGUGGACGUGCUCCCCCCGGAGGCCGACAGCAGCAUCACUAUGCUCACCGCAGAUCAAAAGCCGGACGUGACGUACGUGGACAUCGGAGGGAUGGACAUCCAGAAGCAGGAAGUCCGUGAGGCUGUGGAGCUGCCACUCACACACUUUGACCUCUACAAGCAGAUCGGGAUUGACCCCCCUCGGGGAGUGCUGAUGUACGGACCGCCUGGCUGUGGCAAAACAAUGCUGGCGAAGGCCGUGGCUCACCACACUACAGCGGCCUUCAUCCGCGUGGUGGGCUCCGAGUUCGUGCAGAAGUACCUGGGCGAGGGCCCACGCAUGGUGCGCGACGUCUUCCGUCUGGCCAAGGAGAACGCCCCGGCCAUCAUCUUCAUCGAUGAGAUUGACGCCAUCGCCACCAAGCGAUUUGACGCGCAGACUGGAGCUGACAGAGAGGUACAGCGCAUUCUGCUCGAGCUUCUAAAUCAGAUGGACGGCUUUGAUCAAACUGUCAAUGUGAAGGUGAUCAUGGCGACAAACCGUGCGGAUACCCUGGACCCAGCGCUGCUGCGUCCGGGCCGGCUUGACCGCAAGAUCGAGUUUCCCAUGCCGGACCGCCGGCAGAAACGCCUCAUCUUCUCCACCGUCACCGCCAAAAUGAACCUCUCCGAGGAGGUCGACCUGGAGGAUUAUGUUGCAAGGCCAGACAAGAUCUCUGGAGCCGACAUUAACUCCAUCUGCCAGGAGGCCGGCAUGCUCGCAGUGCGGGAGAACCGAUACAUCGUCUUGGCCAAGGACUUUGAGAAAGCGUACAAGAACAACAUAAAGAAGGAUGAACAGGAGCACGAGUUCUACAAAUAAGCCAGCACAGGGAGAUUUCUCACACAACACAGAUUUCACACUUUUGUUUUGCCUAUGUGAAACAGACGUCGUAGACACAGUAGACUCUAACCACGUUGAGUUGUAUACAGCAGGGUUGAUGUAUUGACAGUACAUUAUAACAGUGACUUGCACGUGAAACGUUAACAGUCCGAGCUUCUGAAGAACUUUACUGGCUUCUUGUGAGCACACUUUGUUGUCAUCGUAGAGGCUGCACAGAUUUUUGGUCGGCUAGUAACACCAUGAAACCACAUGCUGACUUUUUAACAAGUCAUUUAUAAAACAAGGUUAAAGAACACGAUUAUCUGUUUUUUGCUUUAUAAUAAAGGAAGUUAAUUAUGGAAAA